AUGGAGCCAGGUACCGGCAGACAGAGCUUGGAGAAUCCCGGUUCCUGCCGCAAGCUGGUAAGCCUGCUGCUGAUUGGAAUCGCAGCAUGGGGUAUAGGCUUUGGCCUCAUAUCUAGUUUCAGAGUCGUUGGAGUAGCAAUUGCAGUAGGAAUUUUUCUCUUCCUAAUCGCCUUAGUUGGACUGAUUGGGGCAGUGAAACAUCAUCAAGUAUUGCUAUUCUUUUACAUGAUUAUUCUUUUGCUCGUCUUUAUCGUCCAGUUUUCUGUCUCCUGUGCCUGUUUGGCACUAAACAAGGAACAACAGAGUCAGCUUCUAGAGGUUGGAUGGAAUAACACAAACAGUGCAAGAACAGAUAUUGAGAGAAAUCUGAAUUGUUGUGGAUUCAGAACCUUUAAUCCAAAUGAAACCUGCUUGUCUGAUUGCUUUAGAAGUCACCAGUGUCGACCAUGUUUACUGGUAAUCGAAGAAUAUUCCGGAAUGGUGCUGAGAUUUGUUGGAGGUAUAGGACUCUUCUUCAGUUUCACAGAGAUUUUGGGAGUCUGGCUGACGUACAGAUACAGGAACCAAAAGGAUCCCCGUGCAAAUCCUAGUGCAUUUCUUUGAUAAGUUUAUAAAGGACUGAAUCUUCUCCCUGUGCCCUUUACUUCAGAAUAUCAAAUCUCCAUAGUUUGGCAUUUCUCCAUAACAGGGAAUCUCCAUGUGCCCAGAGGAAAACUUUCUUUCCAAAGAAGUUCAUAGUUGUCAUCUUUAGUUUCCCAUUGUUUCCUUUCUAAGAAUCUCUGUCCUAAAGUUGAUUAGUGUAUUCAGUAGCUGGACAGAAUCAGAAUGCUGCUCAGAGCUGGUUAAAUAACUUUGUUAAUACUUCAACAAUUGAUGUGGUGAACUGUAUUCAGUCAGUUUUAUAGCACUACUUGCUGCUUUGGUGUGUAAAAAGCCAAAAGUAUUUCCUGCUCUAUUCAUUGAUUACAGAAAAUUCACACGACUUCUCAUUAAAAUGAUAAAAACCUAUGUUGGGUGCUUGGAGCUUAUGAGUUGGUUAGCCAUUAGGAUGAAUUAUAGUAGACUUAUUUUUAUGUCUUAAUAAUGGUCUCCUGAUUUCCUUUUAGGGUAAAAAUAGAAAAAUAAUAGCGGAAGAUGUUAUUUUCUGUACCGCACAUAAGUGCGUAUUAAUGGACUAUUGUAGUCUUCUCCAUUCCUCACCCCUCUUCCCUGUUUGUUUUGGGUUUCUGGUAGCUUUAGAAUUCCUUUAAGAGAGUAAAAAUACUUUUUUAUUUUUAAUGGGUAUCCUUCACUAAAGAGGAGAAGGAAUGAAGAAAACCAAGAAAAUGUAAUCUGCAGCUGAGUAACUUGAAACUUGUCUUUAGGAAGUGAAUGAAAUCUGGUAUAUGCACAACAUCAGACUCAAUCAUCAGUGGUCUGUCUUCUUGUUAAUGUAAGAAACUUGACUUGAUGUCUGGAAAGUUGUUGUACAACUAUUUUUACAGAUGGUGUAAAAUUGUUGUGAUAAGUUAGCAGUAUAUAUUCCUCCGUCAUCCAGCUGAAAGACUUGAUUUGAUGAGAGAUUGCAUAGUGUUUAAAAAAAAUAAUUAUGUUUUCAGUAGUUUGUUUAAAAAAAAAUUAAAAAGUUGAAAUUGUUUUGCAGUAUUCUUGUAGCGUCUGAGCUGAAGGAAAGCGUGGUCCAACCUGUGAUACAAGUGAUGCGGUAAGGUGGAAGAUUGGACAUCUUGACACUAGAGGUGCACAAUGCUCUGGUUGUUUUUAAUCACACUGAAUUGCAGAUCUGUACUGCAUCUUUUCUUCAUUAAGUACCUACUUCUGGUAUGGUAAGCAGCUGCUGUAGCCUGAAAGGCAACUCUGAAGGAGGUGCAGCAAGAAAAGAGGAAAAGUAUUAAGGCCGUCUGCUAAGGAGCACUACAGCUCAGUGAAGUGGAAAGGCAGACUCCUUUGGAGGUAGAAAGUGCAAAUGGAAGUGGGUUCUCAUAGGGUUUCCCUUUACUAGGGAGAUACCCUCUUUCUUUUGCAGAGGAGACAAAAAAGUUUAAAUAAUGGUCCAUCAGAACACUUCUGGACUUGCAUGUGCACAGUGCUCCCAAAGAAGAAAUUGCCUUGGGGAAUCAAAGGGACGAGCUGACCCUAAACGCAGAGAGCGAUGUGAAGAGCUUGGUAAGAACAGCUUCUCCUCAGUGAGUGGCAAGCUCUUACCAUUUCUUCAGUAUCUACUAUCAGCGCCAUCUCCUGGUGUUUACUCUGAGUUACUGUGCUUCAUAUGUCUAGAAAUGUGGAUGUUUGUAUUUCAAGCAAAUACGUCUACACUUAGAGUAAGACUGCACUCCUAUACUAAAAGGAACGGGACUAAGAGCCUUCAGGUUAUUCCUAGCAUUAUGUAAAUGUAGGCAGCUGCUUUUAGAGUGCUGUCCUGUUUACGCAAGUAACCAGUCAUUCUUGAUAUGUGUCAAGAUGAUGAUGGUCAUCUCAUGGUGGUUUAUAGCAACAGUUAAUUUUCCUAGUCUAGAUCGGCUCUGCAUUUUGUACAUAAAUAUAAUGAAUGGAAGAGGAGGCUUAUGAAGAGGAUGUAUGAAGGUUAAAAUAAUAUCAUGUGGCUGCUACAAUUCUAACUUUUUUUUCCCCUAAUUGUUUUUAGCACUUGGUUUUGGGUGGUUCUUAGUUUCGUAACUGUGAUUGGUGAUCUUGGAGUGUGAACGGAUUACUGAGAAAAUACUGAAACUGUUACUGCUUUAAAAACUGUUGUGUCUCAGAACUCUUAUUGUGAGUUUGUUCUAGUUUUCAAGAGACAGAUCUGUGGAUCUGGUGGUUGCAUUAAACUUUUUCUAACCUA